AUGAACGUUGGGCAAGAGGUGGAAAACAUGACCGAAAACGUGCUCUCGGGAGGUGUGGUGCUGCUGCAGGGAUUCGGCAAGCAAGGUUUCCAAUGUCAAGUUUGCUCUUUUGUCGUCCACAAACGAUGCCACGAGUACGUGACCUUCAAGUGUCCGGGUGCGGAUAAGGGAGCGGAUUCAGAUGAUACUCGUACCAAACACGAGUUCAAAGAGUGCACCUAUUCGAGUCCCACCUUUUGCGACCAUUGUGGUUCAUUAUUGUACGGUUUAAUCCAUCAAGGGCUUAAGUGUUCAGCAUGUGAUAUGAACGUACACAAACGGUGCGAGGAGAGUGUUCCGAAUCUGUGCGGCUGUGACCACACCGAGCGGCGAGGGCGCAUCCAGCUGGCCAUUACGCACCAGGCGAACAAGCUCAAUAUUGAGGGUAGGUAUGGGAUGAAUUUUUGUGGGUUAGUUUUGGGGCUGGUAGUAGUAUCUUUAAUCCUUCGGACGGUGUGUAGUUGGGUCAUUAAAUGAAGAGUAAAAUUCUUC